UGAGGUAUGAGGUAAACACGUGAUUCAGAACUCACCUGACUAGCUUUUGGGCGUGAGCUCGACGUUGCUGUAGAGUCAGCCAUGAGAAAAUGGUGAUGGCAUAGCUGCAGUGGAGAACGAAAUAAAAAUUAUUUCUAGAUCUGAUUAGCUCGUUCAGCAAAUCUGAAAGGAGACUCGGGUCUUAGGAGUAUAAAUGCUGAACAAUCCAGGCUACACAUCUAUCAAGUUCUUUUGUCCGCCUCUGAGUUUGAGGAAGUAAAUCUUCCUCCAUCCAAUUUUACAGUCUUACGCUCCACACACACUAUCAGCAGCAACAUGACAUCAACCGGUUUCAAAUGGCUGCUCGUUACAUGCCUACUUUUGGUCGUUGUUGCAGUAGCUGAUGCUCAGUUGACAGAAUCGUUUUACGCGUCCAAGUGUCCUUCAGGUCCUGCCAAAGUUCGGGAAGUUAUCAAGACAUGGAUUACUAAAGACAGGACUUUGGCCCCGGCUCUUCUUCGAUUGCAUUUCCAUGACUGCUUCGUUCGGGGCUGCGAUGCUUCCGUGCUUCUGGAUGGUGCCAAUAGCGAGAAGCAGUCAGGUGGAAAUAAAAAUUCCCUCCGGGGUUUCAAUGUCAUCGAUGAUGUUAAGGCCAAAGUCGAGGCUUUAUGCCCAGGCGUUGUGUCUUGCUCCGACAUCCUCGCUCUGGCCGCUCGAGAUGCCAUCCUUGAGAUGGGAGGAAAAAACUGGAGUGUUCCCCUCGGGCGACGAGAUGGCGUUGUGUCACUGGCUUCGGAGGCCAACGCAAACCUGCCUUCUCCAUUCUCGACCUUCUCGUCCCUGGUCACCAGCUUCGCCAAGAAGGGUCUGACAACUCAAGACAUGGUGGUUCUUUCAGGAUCACAUACAGUCGGGCUCACGAGCUGCGCGCUCCAACAAACACGUCUCUAUAGUUUCUCGUCGUCAGUCAAGACCGACCCAGCGUUGGACCCGACUUUCGCAGCCUCUCUGAAGAAGCAGUGCAAGCAGGGCGACUUCACCACCAAGAUUAAGAUGGAUCAGUCCAAGCCCGUCGACACUUGGGACCCCAACUACUACUCCAACAUCAUUCGCGGACGGGCCGUCUUCACUUCCGACGAUCAGUUGAAGAGGAACCCGACGGGUCUGAAAAUUGUGCAGCAGAUGAACAGGUCACCUUCUCCUUUCAACGACAACUUCGGAGCCUCUAUGGUCAAGAUGGGAAAGAUCGGUGUGCUCACGGGCACUCAAGGUCAGAUCCGCAAGAAGUGUACAGUCAAGAACUAGAUUCAUUCCAGCACAUGCUUAAUUCGAAUUUCUCGGAUUCAGCUUACCGUAAGCUGGGCGAGCACCCCUGAAGUACAUCGAGGUGUCCGCAUUCCGCCCAUUCUAAUCUGAAAUCUUAGAGAAAGCAACUGAACGCAUAUUUGGUAUGUUCACAUACGUAUUCCUUAACUUCACCGAUAAUCAGCCGCCCGAUUCUGCGGCAUAGUCAUUUCCUCCACAUUGGAGUCGCAUAGAUUUGAUUGAUCAUACAAUGUUGGGCCACCUCACUCAAUUUACAUUAGUUAGAUAAUUAGAAAUUUAAUCUAGGACUAGCUUCCGACGGCGACUGUGACGACAUUGGCAGUAGACUUUCAGAUGCUCGACUUAGGACUUGCGGUAUUCAUGUAGCUGCCGCACUUAUGAACGGAGAUAGAAUUAUGUAGCCUGUUCAUAUGGCUUUCAAGGCUCGACCCAUCGAAUGGCGGCUCGAUCGAGCUUUCUAGUUCAUUCGAGGUCAUUGUGAUGGAUAGACGCCUAUUAUGCUAUUCAAUUUUGGGAAGUUUAUUACAGUGCUUGAAUCUCCUACUGUAUGGUCAGAUUAACCUCAUGUCUU